AUGACCCCCGACGGCUGCAAUGUGGAGGAGGCGAUCAUCGAGGGUUUCAUCUGCCCUUCAUGUCUUAGUUCGUAUGGAAGAGCUGAACUGCUCGAAGAACACUUCAGAAUUCAGCACAUUCGCCCAGCAUCUGCCAAGCGCGAUCAUGAUCUACAGCCCUUCAAGCGCGCGGCCGUAGGUAAUGCCUCAACCUUUUGUACAUUGCAGUCCGGUCUUGCUGUCUUAAACGUUUAACCAUGUAGAAUGUUCCUUUUUGUUCGCAUUUAAAUGUAACUAAGCUUCGACUCGAUGGUUCUGCCGUCGUAAUUGACGACGGCCAACUUCGCCACAGUGGAUGCUAUACCGAGGUGUUUUAGUGGUCGCCAUAGUACGAUUGUAGAUGUUCAGAUAACUUAGUGCUGUGCUUGAAUGCCCGAAUCAGUAUGGACUGGUCAACGGACACCCAUUCGCACCGUAGUAAGUGCACAGGGUGGCAAAUCAAACUAAUACGUUAUUGUAGUGUAUGGUCGUAGUGGAGUCAGGCUAUCUCAAUAAUGGCGUUUGUCUUGCACGCCCUUGUGUGUUGCGAUGAAUACAGAGGUGUUCGAUAAGAGCAAAUCAAGACCUAAAAAUUUGAUCAGUUUUUCCUUCGAUGCUAUUCCUCCAGUGGCGUAAUGGGAGGAUUGGUGGCGGGAACACUUCGGCGGGUGUUGGGGCUUCUAAUAAGGUCCGUUCGAGCCCAAAAUGCUUAUUUGGAAUGUGGACACAUGAGUUGCUGUGUGUCAGCAUGUUCUGUUCGCUUUAUUUCAUUCUGACAUGCUCGCGCUUUUGUGUCUGCCAGUCUCCACUUGCUUUCAAGUAUUACCAUUCCAGUUUUUCAGGAAAUCAUCAUACCUGAAGCCCCUGCGCUAUGGUUUUCCAGGUCUUCGGGCUGAACCCGUGACAUUUCAGCCCGAUUUCAAAAGUGUCCUCGUAGGUUCGAUCGUCCCCGCAGCAAGCAUCUUUAGAACUAUCAGCCUCACAUAUUGUUUGAAGACGCACAUCAGUCGUCCCCAUGACUCGGCUAAUAAGUCAGACAUCAACCUGCUUCAGGGUCUCGAAGAUGCUAAGUAUGCUAAUCAGUUUCGGGACUCCAAUGCCUGAGAGCCUUUUCUGUCAGUUUACUCGUGUUAUCCUCCAAUGAAGACUUACGUGGAUGUGGUUGAGUUUUGUCGCUCGAUUUAGACAGGUUGUCUAGACAAGGUGGUUUCAGGAUAAGGGUUAUAGCCUGCCGAGUGUCUAAAUAAUUCUGAAGAUCUCGGCUGUAAUUUCGUCGCCAAUCUUGGUGCUUUUGCUUCACAGCAAUAACACGCUAGUUAUGGACAGUGACCGUGUACUAGAUGCACUUUACGAUUAACUCCAAUUAAUACGCGGCCACUGUUUUCACCUCAUUGAUGGUCAGCCCGAGUUUAGUACAUCGAAUAGGGGAUGACUUAGGUUCUAUUGAACAUUUGUUUCGAUUUUUGUCUUUAUAGCUCAAUCGUCAGCAGAUACGUCCAGUAUCAUGCUACGGGAGACCUUGUUUACAAAGUGCGCCUAUGGUAAUCUACUCGGCAUGGCUACAACGAGCAAACCCCCUUUCCAGAUAAAUACCUGCGCCGCAUGUUACUCCACCCGGCGAAUCUGCAACGCCGUGACGUUGAUGGAUACUUCAACUUUCAUUGUAUGGUCGCAGUUGGACAUAGUUCAGACGCAAUUUUGCAGCCCGCGCUUACACAACCACUGUGAUAAAGAUGACCUGCGCUUUAGUCGAAUUGUAAUGAAGAAUUCUUACGUAACAUCGUCCAUACUCUCUCUUCCCAGCCCCAUUUUAAUCUGUCGCCGAAACCAUGCCGAGACUGGCUAUGAAGUAUGGAGUAUCAACUUACCUGACAUUAGGCUCUGGUCUCUCAUGUCACAAAUCGGCUGUCCUCGUACUGUCCGAAUCAGACUAUACAUGACGACUGUCCUCAUCUGAUUGAGCCCGUCGGCUGAUUGGAGACGGUUAUCAUGGUGUGCGUAGAUUUUUUAGGAAACGGAUGAAAGUUUGGUUGGAGAUUAAUACAGGGCAGACCAGUGACCUCAUUAAACAGGGUGCUUGAUGCGACUAUCUGCUCAGCAGAGUUAAUCUCCUCUCCCCUUUCCCACGUAACCCCCUACAACAUUCCUUGACAUCGAACCGUGCAUUAAGCACACCCUCAUGCCGUUUUAGGAAGUAAGCUCGAAGAAAAAACCUCAGAAGCUUCUAUCAGUCAAGUUUCUUUCUGAUACUAAGCGAUCUUCAAUCAUUUUGCUUUGCAGAAUUUGAUCCCUAUUCUCAUUUGUCUCUAAGCUUUCUCUAACAUGCUGAUUAAAGCACGGAUGACAGUUUGGGUAAUAUAGUCCGACAUCAGCUUCCUCGUAUACUUUAAUUUCAAUGAACCAAAGGUCUCCAACUGUAUAUUUAAUUUUUUUACCGCUAGAAGGCAAUCAAAGAUCAUACUGAUAUGUGGGCACUUGGCAAUUUGCGUAAUAUUUUCUGUACUUAAUCUUCAAGUCACUCUCAUCCUUUUUUACCAGAGCGCAAUCCCAGUGUUCUUCAGUUACCGACAUAUUUUCUCACUUAGUUUGUUUUUUAGGAUAUCGUCACUUACACAAGACUUAAGCCUUAAAUUUGAGUCUUGAAACAUUAUUUCAAUACACACGCCGACGUCGUGAAUGGUGUCUGAUAACUUUCCUACCCUUUCGGUCCAAUUUAUUGCCCAUUUCACACCCCUAGGUCUCGCUUGCGACAGAACAGCCGAGUUUUUUCGAUUUCGUCGGAUUCACGUUGACAAUACAGCUCUCGAAAUCAACCUCCUUCUAAUUCGACUUCAAAAACUUACCGCAAUCCUAGAGACAGUUGAUUCUGCUCAACGCCUCGGUAAGUGUUUGUCCACACAUCUAAUAAGUCAGCUCAGGAACAAGCUGUCGUCCCCUGGAUUGAAGCUGACAUUGAUCUGUGUCCGCGCUGCGGCGCCGCCUUUGGUCUCAGCUGGCCAACCGAUGAGGCCAAUAACACUUCUCCGCCCGCGUACACCUGCCGCUCACCUCCCGUCCGUACGCGGAUGAAACAGAGCUUCAAGUCCGCUGCCCGUCUCGCAACAGCUCUCAUCGAUUCGAACCCAGUCUUUCGUCGCAAACAUCACUGUCGUCUCUGUGGACACAUAAUAUGCGCAGACUGCUCUCUUUUUCUGUCCAAGAGUGAGUCAGCACACUUCCUCGCUGCCACUUCCCACCUGGCGUCGUCGCCCGGCUUCAAGACCCACCGUCUACCCGAUCUCCUGGGCCUCAGCCAGUUUGGUAAAGCUGAUCUAGCCUCCAAGUCGCCCCCGUCCCAGCCGAAAGACCGCCUUGCUGUCCUCUCCCACUCCUCUAGCGUGACCAGUCUGAACGGCAAUCCAACCAAAAGUAACAGGGGUGAGUAAGUGGGAAUGUAGUUGCCAACCCCCCCCCCUACCAGUUGGAAAAGUGGAUCUGAAAAUCGCAUUGUCGCCAGACUUACGUUAAGUCGCGUUAUCUGUGAAUACAGUGUUUGAACGAGUUUGCGCACUGUGAAAUAAAUUUAUACUUGAGCAGACCCUAAGUGAUUGUUGGAUCACAUACAACGGGUUCCGUUCUACGAUUGGAGAUGUGUGGGAGUUUGCGGCAGCAAAAUAUGACGUUAGAUCUUCUAUGGUUUUGGGAGGUCAUGAAGUCACCUUGAUUGAGUCUGUAUAACAGUGUAAUGCCUAUCCUACGUACAGGUGACCACUAUUAAACUGGCAGGGGUUUGUUUAGGAUUCUGGUUAUUUGGAUUUGUUGUUCCCGACCGUCAACACGAAGAGCCAGGACUCUGUUGUGGCGGUCUCGUCAUCCAAAAUUCUGGUUCGCGCACUUUCCUCGUGCAGGCAAAUCCUAAGGACUGAAGAGGGUUGAAAUUUCCUCUUUUUUCAGGACAAUUACACAGCGCCUUGUCGUAACGUAGCCUGAGAGUUUCACUUCAUGACAUCCAACUCUAACAGAGGAGGGAAAAAACACGCUCGUGCAAACAGGCGCGUCCUAGAGCUUCAGCAGCCAUUUGCCCAGGGAGCCAAUAGACUCCACAGAAUUUCUUCAACUACAAUAAACGAGUGAUUUCCGUAGCGCUCACUCGUAACACGAUCCGUGCUUCUCCCUUCCCCCCUUUACCAGUGUGUAUUCCCGCUCGCAACAUACAAGACAACGAGCCCGUGCCUCAGUGGUUAGAGGCCUUUGACCUCUAACUGACAGGUCGCGGGAUCGAGUCCCAGGUGUUCCACACUUCGGGGUUACGUAUUAAUGGCUGACGACGGCUAAUGAGCCAGAAAUGGCCAUCCCAGUCUCCUUUGUCUUUGUCAGUAAUGUCAUUCUGCCUAUAGUACGCGCCGCUGUUUGGCUGUUGGAGCUCGAGAGAGAGCCCCGAGGCACAACGGGCCGAGUGAGUUCCGUAACACGAUCAGUGAGUGCCCUUCUAACAUUGUUGGCGUCGACUGUUUCGGUCUGCGAUGACAAUGAUACUUAUGGUUCCUUUCCUUUUCCAGGUUACAGUCUGCGCAUAUGCGAGGUGUGCAAAUCUCUUUUGGACUUAAAGCUUCAGCAAGUGCAGGAGUACCACUCCAUUCCGCCGAUUGUCAGGCUCUACCAGGUAGCGGUCGCUGCACUGUCUGUUUACGAACAUUGUGACCUUCUUUAAAUACGUCUUUCUCACCCUAAAAUCUAACGGCUAGAUGAUCACAGUGGGCAUUUGCACCCACUUGCGCGCUUGAGAAGGACACUCGACAAAGUUUUGGUCCAGCUUACAUUUCCUUCGCUGUCUUUGUAGUCUUUUGAGGGCGCUAAGCUCACUCUCAUUUCCAGUUACAACAGAGCGUAGAGUAACUUAACGACUUAUCCUAACUGAGUUAUCAAUCUAUGCGUCAUAUGCAUGAUGAGCGCUUUUUAUCUAAGAGUCGAAUUUGGUAAUUUUGCGUUUUGGUUGCUGCAAUCAAAUUUUAGUCGCUCAAAGUGGAGAUGGACAAAGUCGAGGAGAAAAUGCCCCUAUACAGUUCCAUGGCCGACAGUCUGAAGUAAGUUUUGUGCCUCCUUUGUCCCCGGUUAACAGUGUAUAUACACUAGGCACUGGCAUUACUGACUUCCUUACAGCGUUUGCUUAACAUGCACUCAACACCCACGCCCUCUCAAUGUUAACCACUGGUUCACUGGUCUUCUCACCCCCCUCCCCAUGUCACUGACCCUGAUCUCUGUUCAGAAAAAUCUGAACGUGUGUCGCUCACUAUCGUGAAUGGCGAGACUGUUUAUAAGCCUGUUCAGUAUGGGCGUAUUCGACGCAUUCUUGCCACAAAACUGGAGAAAUAUUUUUUAAACCACCACACUGUCGCAUACCAAUUUCUAAAUGACUUGUUUUGACUGAUUGCAACUCUUGUCGUCGGACUCCGGGAUGCACUUAUUUUUGGGUUUUCUCGAAUUAGUUUUUUUUUUAACUACGAGUUUGUGUACUGUCUACUUUCCCCCAUUGAGGCCCACCGCAAGCCGUAUGUCCUGCUAGCUUUGUUAGAGGUGAGUAUUUCUUUUCAAGAUUGUCAGUUUGUUUAUGGAUGCCUGUUUUUGUUGAGCGUGGUGCAGCCGCGUGGGGUUUGGCUCAUCAGUGGGUCUCCUUAUGCUACCCAUGUGCCUUCUUUCGCAUUCUCCGGUUUUUGAUGCAAAUAUUUUUUAAUCUCCGCAGAAAUUAAUACGUGAACUUGAAGCAAAUUAUUCAGCACAAGCCUUGGGUUCGGUUUGCAAGUGGGCAUGGUUAUUUGGGCUGAAUGACCACUUAGUAUGUACAUCCUGCUGACAGGCAGUCAGUAGUAUGCAACUAUUUACUGUUCACCGUACUUCUAGCACUAAGUUAAGUCCUCCUGGCCCUAAGUUAAAGUGAAGCUGUCUGGUGAUGGUAAAUUAACCGGAAAUUGUCGUUCUAGGUCAUAUUGUUUGAUGGUACCACUUCUGCUUUAUUAACUACACCUUUAUAUGGAAUAUUCUGACGCAUAGCACACAUCGCCAACAUCAGCCUCAAUAAUGAACCUCUAAGACUAAUUCGCAUGGAAGUUGUGCAUCAAAGUCCGCUCUUUUGGAUGUAUCUUGUUUCGUGACCUCGAAGGUGGUCUAAUCCGUCAAACAUGCUUGAGUGCAACUCAGUUGCUUAAAUUUUUAACUUGCUGGGGGCCGUACAUUUCGUCCGUAACUCCUCCCUGUUCAUAAUUGCCGUCUUGGUCUUAAUGAGUCCAGUUUGUUGCUCAAUCCUGGAUUCCAGGUCUUUCCAUUUUUUUCAGUUCCGGUGAAGAAAAAUACGUCUUGGAAAUGGCCAAAGCACUGCGUUUUGAACUUUUACAAAGUCUUCAAAAAGUGGAUGCACUAGGGUAAGUCUCGAUGCGAGCAUUUUUAUGCUUGUGACUUUUAGACCAGUGAAGCAACUGCAGUCCACUAGUAGUUCAAUGACAAGGGAAAUCAAUUUAAAAAGAGCGUUAUAAUCAGAUUAAUGCUUUUCGAAAAAUCAGAAAAGUGAUGUCUCUACUCCUUGUCGAAUUUCUCAAUCUAUAGCCUCCAAGACGCAUGUUAGCUCAUAGAGAUUGUGUCGUAGCUCAUGCCUUUUCCGGCAUAUAAUUUAAUAUGCCGGGUAAUGGAUUCUGCAUGCCGCGGACAUCAUUUGUUUUAUGGCCAGUUUUUCAACUUCCGCGUCAACAUCUUUUGGUUUCACAGCGACUGCACAGCCCGUGAUUUGUCGUUUACGAGAUGGCGAGGCACCCACGCCGAGUCGGUUUAAAACUUAGAGAUUAUAUCGACCAGUAGGAGUCAUUUGAACUCCGCUUUUUUGCCAGCCCAAUGCCUUCUGGCAGUUUUCUAUUAGCAAAGUGAUAACCUGAGUCUGGACAAAUAAAAAAUCACCUUCAUUUUUAUCAGCGACAUUAUUACCCUGGACCUCUGCCAUUCACAUCGCCCGCGAACAGGGCAGUUUGUCCGUCAAAAAGGAUAAGAAUCACUAUCACCCCACAGGAAACUUGUUCACUUGCACUUAGUCUGGAAGGCAUGCAUGACAUCGACCUAACUAUGUUCUCCUAUGAGUAGGUCAAGGAGGCCGGAGAUGAACCUGAUCAUAGUGACUGAUCCGACCUAAACCCCCGUGCACACCUACCACACACUCUCUGAUCGUUAUGUGCAUGCUUCAAGUACAGUGCCAGUCUGCACUUUUUCCGUCCAAUAAACCAAACGGCCACCCCACGUUAUUUUUGUGUACAACUUUUACAGGAAGGAAAUCGGCGGUCUGGAGGUGCAGCAAGACUCCUUGGCCGUUGCCUCCGCGCAGAGUCCCACACCGGCUAAGCGACGCUUGGCACAGUCAGUGGCCAAGUUUGCGCGUCGUUUCGUACAGACCCGCCUUCAUCCGCUUCGAGCCCUUCCGACGGAGGAGGAAUAUCGGCGUUUGGUCGAAACGCGAAGUAGCCGUCUGUCUGAAACCCUUCGGGCCACAGAAAGCGCCGAUUCCUUGACACAGUCCUAUUCAGUGAGCUGCUCGCCAUACCCCCCUAUUCGUUAUGCCCUGAGACUGUAAAUUCUACCGUGUGCAAGUACAUACUGGCCUGGAGUAUCAUUGACUUCCUAGUCAAAACCUAAGUUAUUGCACCUUAACUUGAAAUUCCUUGAAAUAUACAUAAUUGCUCAAACCGCCGCUCAAAAACACAAUGACCCGAAUUUCUCUAACUCAGACCUUCCCUCUUCUGAUCAGUUAUUCAUGCAGUUAUUUUAGGCAACUGCCUAACACUCCAAACUCACUGCCUUUUUCAUCGAGGCGCCUUGCUCUCCCUGCGAUCUCGUAAUUGGAGAAAACUUUGUGAGAACUCAACUAUUUUGUAAGGCUGUCAAACACAGAAGUGGGAUUCGUUUUUUACAGGCGUCACAGCGCCUGAUCGAAAUCCACAAUCGUACUACCCGAUUCAAAAUCUUUCAUUGGGAAUAAUGACAUUGAUUAACAGGAAAAACUCUUUUCGGUUACUUCAUAGAGGCUGAACUUCACUUGAAACUUCAGCCAGAACGUACGCCUUCUUGGAUAUUGCCGAGCGAGAAUCGUUCGUCUUAGCAAAAGCUAAUAUGUCAUGCAUUCAAAGGAGACUAGUCUGAACCGGAACCGCCAGCCAAGUAACGGCUACGUGCCGCGCUCGAAUAAUUCCCAUCCUUACUUGCGCAAGCGUCUUAGACUCAAGUAUUCGACUCUGUUGAGUUCUCGCUUUGAGGACAUUAGGCAAUGUGUAGCCUGCAGCGGGCGCAUCGACCACAUUCGUUGUCGACGGAACGGGACCGCGGCACCGGGCAGUGCGCGCAUAUCCUCUACAUGUCGAUACCACAACAAGUACGAUUACUGUUCCGUCGAUCUUGUACUCCCCUUCCUUGCGCUAACACUAUUUGUCACUUAAGGCCUUUUGAAGACGUUAAAACGUGACCAAACUUACGCCUCUAACCCUGUUUUUGCAGCCUCAGCCCUAUAGCAGCUCGCGGCCUGUUCAGAAGCGGGAGGGCUGGGUUCCCUCCGCCACUGUCGUCGUCUCCAAUGAGCUUGUGAGGGAGGCGGAGACGGCAGCAAUUACCGAGACCAACGAGGCCCGCCUCGUCCUUAUGCGACAGAUCGAUCAGGUCGCUGACUACCUGCUGCAGGCUCGGGCUGCCAACCGAUCGACUGAUGAGAUUGCCGGCCUGAAACGCAAUCUCGAGGACCUGGAGGAGGAGUUGUGCCGACUCACCCGCUCUGAGUAG